CUCAAUCGUAGUGAAGCUCUUCUGUAACAAUGGCAACAGGACGCCAGGAAGUUCCCACCUUCAAGUGCGUAAUAGUCGGCCAUGAGGGAUGCGGAAAGAGUGCCUUCAUCCAGCGGCACUUGACGGGCCAGUUCAUGCAGCAGUAUAUGCCCACAUUCGGGAUCACGGUGAUCAAACUUAUAUUCGAAACAACUCGCGGCCCCAUCUGCUUCGAAAUGUGGGAGGGAGGGAAGGCCGAGUACGUGCGAUCCGAGGGUCCGAAUCCAUUUUUCAAGAAGGUCCAAUGCGCCAUCGUAAUGUUCGACGUCAGCCUGGAGGAGCCCUCCAAGAACUUUGCAGUAUUCCGCGCCAUGACUGAGAUGAUCUCGCCAGACGUGUUUAAAUACGUUUGUGGCAACAAGGCGGAUCUGAAGCAGGGCAAGCCAAACGCUCGGCAGAAGAAGGUCUACCGCUGUACAAAGAUGUCUGUUAAGACUGACGUGAACACACUGGUGCCCUUUCAGCACCUCGCGCGCAGAAUUUUCAAAGACAGCUCGCUUAAGCUCAUGUCCAGGACAACAAUGCUGCCGGCACCAGUGGAGCUCAGUUUUGAGGAGACAGAGGUAGAAGAAGGCGAAGACCUUUAAGAUCAUACACCGAUACACAGAUACCCAAGACGGAGAGCGAAUGUGUGUGUGUGCGGUUGCUACAUCGUGCGACUCGUCAGACAACAGAAGUACACUAUCAAAGGGCCAGUGUGGGGCCCAGUGAUUCAAUAGUUCUGCCUUUGAACUUUCGACCAAUAACUCCCCUUGUGCCACGAGAUGUGGCAACAUAAAAAGACUUCAUAUCGGAACAGGCACAGAAACUCAAGCGGAUCGUAUCUUUCAUAAAUAACUUACUAUAAUUAAUCAUAAUUUAAUUAACAAUAAGAAUAAAAACCACUUGAGAACA